AAUAACCAUUAUUUCAAAACAUUCCAUUGAGGUAAGUAUUUUAAUAUUUCAACCGAUCUCAAACACGUGCGGUAGAAUUUACAUUCCCACGCUAAAAAUUUGAGUUUCUAGAGAUUGAUCUUUUGAGUUUAGUGGAAGCCUGACUGUUCACUUAGAGGAGCCACUCAAAAGUUGCCCAAUGACAACACUAAGAUUUCCUACCGUCAUUACGAUUUAAUUACAACACAUUGCAGAUUAGCAGAGCGUUUUACCCUAGUAGGAUAUUAAUUCUAAAAUAACCUGCACUAAAUAUAAAUUGGUAUCAGAGGUAGGUUGCUUCUGCAAAGUCUCCUGGGAGAGGGACAUACACACGUGCUCCUUAGCAACCAGAGCAGCCCAAACAACACCAGAAGGAAAAUGGGGAAGAUUAGUGCAGUGCUUUAGAACGCUUUUGUACUCGCGAACACAAAUAAGAGUAAAAAAUCAUUCUAGAAUAGAGUUUUCAUUUUCUUGCUGCAGUGCCCCAUGCGCAGUAUUUUUUUUAGGAAUUUCGCUUGAAAGGGAGUGAAUUAUGGAGGAAGCUCAGUCUGCAGCAGAGGUGUAUGUGGAGAGGACACUGGCCCUGAUCAAACCCGACGCCAUUGACAACGCGAACGAAAUCGAAGAGAUCAUUUUCCGAUCGGGGUUCACCAUUGUUCAAAAACGGAAAGUAUAUUUAAGUCCAGAGCUGUGCAGCGAUAUUUAUGCUGCACAUUAUGGAACAAUGUUCUUUCCCAGUUUAACAGCAUUCAUGAGCUCUGGACCAACUAUUGCCAUGGUUAUUGCCAGACAUCAAGCUGUAGAAUACUGGAGGGAGUUGAUUGGACCUGCAAAUAGUGUAAAAGCAAAAGAAACUCAUCCAGGCAGUUUAAGAUCGCUAUAUGGGACGGAUGCGCUUAGGAAUGCUGUACAUGGUAGUGAGACCUCUUCUGCGGCAGAGAGGGAAAUUCAGUUUAUUUUUCCUGACGCUACUGUUUACCCAAUUCCAACUGGGCAGGAUGCAAUAACAUAUCUGAGCAAAUUUGUAAAUCCUACAUUGUUGCGUGGACUGACCAAACUCUGCAAACAGAAACCCACAGAUCCUAUUAUCUGGCUUGCAGAUUGGCUGAUUGCAAACAAUCCCAACAAACCAAACAUUCAUGAAGGUCUGUUAGAAGAGCCAUAAAAAUUGCUACUCUGACCAUAAGGACUCUUAUUUGUUGGAAAAGUGAAAACCAACUACCAAUUUCAGGAAAUAUGCACUGCAACUGUAAUUUGACCAAUGCAAACAACUGGCUUUGAAUUUUAAUAUGUUCAACAUAUCUAAGGUUGUUAUUAUUUUGAUAUGAAAUUGGAAAUAAGCUUAUGGGUAUUUUUUUAUGUUGUAAAAGGAUUGCAAAAAUAGAAAAAUACUGUAUUGCAUCCUCAAGCAUUAAUACCCAUCAUCCUGCUGAUCAGAAAGAUGAAGGUCAAUAUAAUUUCUGUGUUAAAUGCUGAUUGCUCAUGAUAUCACCGCUUAUUGUUUUCUGUUCCAAGGAGAACAACCCUAACUUUUGAAACCUGUCCUCAUAACUGAAGUUCCUCGGUUAAAUCUUGAUAAGCCUAGUUUGUACCCUUUCCUAUGCCUUUACAUCUUUCCUGAAAUGUGCUACCCAGAAUUGUCCAUUAUAUUCCAGCUGAGACCUAAUCAGAAAUUUACAAAGUUCCAAUAUGACCCCUUUGUUUUUAUGUUCUAUUCAUGAACACAGUAAUGCGUAUGUUUUGUUAACAACCUUUAUCAUUCUUGCCCUGGCACCUUUAAGAAUUUAUGCAUAUGGGCACAAAGGUCCCUCUGCUCAUCUACACUUUUCAAAAUGGUGCCAUAGUAUAUUUAUUUAAGAUUUUUUUUAGUGUUUACCUAAUUCUCUCAAACAGUGUGAUUAACACAGCUUAUAUAUCAACUUGUUAUAAUUCAUUCCAUAUUCAUUCCUUGCUUGAAAUAAAUUUUUUUCUUGGA